GUAAAUGCUGCUAGCUAUCUUCAAGUGCUGUGUCUGGCUGAGAAUCUACGAACGGAUGUGAAGGACUUGGCUGCUCUGUUAACCACAAAUAACUGUGAUAUCAGACAGAGUGUUCUCUACUUACAAUUCUGGGUUAGAAGUGGAGGUGGAUGCUUGAAAGACAAAUGUUUGGCACAUUGUGGAGGAGAGGAGACUGAUCAAGCAGACCAGGCCAUUCAUUUUGAAAAGACUGCUGAUUCCAAGGUUGAGUCUUCUCAAGCUGAUGCACGUCUUCAGGAGUUUCCAAAAUGUGAUACAGGCUGUGUAGAGACAUUGCUUGGCCUUAAGAAUAUCCUGCUGCCUUCAGAGGAUUUGUUUACAUUUAUUAAGCACAAAAUCACAACAGUGGAGAAAUGGAACAAAUUGAUGCAGCUUCUCACAGAAUUCCAGAUGAAGAAAGUGGAUUUUAUAUAUAGUAAUCUUGAACAACUUCUUCCCUUACCAGUGCAAGUUCUUUCAAACCAGUCUGAAGCCUCUAACUCUGUACUUGAAAGGACUAACAUAGUUUCUUCAAAAAACAGAUCUACUAACAGUUAUUCUUGUGGAAGAAGUAACCCUGGAAAAAAGUCUAAAAAGACAAAGAACCAGAAAAGGCUUGCUCUAUUGGAUGACAGUGACUUAUUUGAUGCUGGACUGAACUAUUCAGCUGAGUUCCUAACUUUGCCAUCAGAUAGUCCUACAUCAUGUGCUGAAGUGAAUAAAGAGGAAUCAAAAAUGUUGAUGAGUAAAGAAGAAAAAGAAAUUAAAACUAAAAGCUCAGCAAAUGAGGAAAGGUCUGCUCUUGUUUUUCAGUGUCUGAAUUCACUGACUGAAUUUGUUGAGAACAUGUCUUUCUUGGAUUGCUGUGUAAACAUGAACACCAAGGAACCACUGGAGUUUUCUGAAGAUGAAGGAUUUAGCUGGACAAAUGGCAAAAUCAGAAAUGGUCUUAGUGAUGAAUUCAGUAUAGAAAAUACUGAUUGGUGGAGUUCCCAGAGCUGUAGUGAAAUAAAGGCAGCGAUAGAAGCACUCAGUUUUAACAAAUGUUCUGUUAAUAUUUCACAAAACUUGGAAUCCUCUUUAAGUACCAGUAAAACAGCUGGCAAUGAUCAACUGGAGGGACUUACUUUGCAUAUUUCAGACACAAGAAAUAACGUGUCCUUCAGUCAGUCGGCUGACUCAAGCAUUCUCAAAAAAGCACAGAAGAGGCUGGCAGUCAUCAGAAAUGUAUUUUCCAGAAGUCCUCUAAACCUGGGUAAUAAGCAAGCCAGCCUGCUUGAAUACCUCCCCACUCUUCGCAGUAUCUGCAGGUCUGAGAAGCUUAAAGAGCAAGGGAAGACUAAAAGAAGGUUCUUGCAUUACCUUGAAGGGAUUCAUCUCGAAAUACCCAGACAAAUGAUAAAUGGUCUGUCUUUGGACUUCCCUUAA